AUGAAGCAACGAUUCAGUCAACUCGACCUCAAGGUGAUUGCGUCUGAAUUGCGCAAGUCGAUUCUCAAUUACCGACUGCAAAACAUUUAUGACCUGCUAUCGUCCUCGCGGCACUUUCUGCUCAAGUUUGCCGUUCCCGAAAGCAAACAGCUGGUGGUGAUUGAUCCCGGCUUUCGAAUCCACACCUCCAACUUCCAGCGACCCACCUCCCAGACUCCUUCCAACUUCGUGGCCAAGCUUCGUAAGCACUUGCGAACCAGACGUCUCAGUGCCAUUACUCAGCCUGUAGGAGACCGAGUGCUGGUGCUCACCUUUUCUGAUGGACAGUACCACCUUAUUCUCGAGUUUUUUGCCGGUGGAAACCUGAUUCUCGUCGACCAAGAUUUCAAGAUCCUGGCACUCCAGCGAGUGGUGUCCGAGGGUGCUAACAACCAGCGCGUAGCCGUGGGAGUCAUCUACGAGUUCGACAAGGAGCUACUUAAUAAUACGGAUCCUCUGCAGGUGAGCCGAACAGAAAUCACAGCUGAUCUGCUACAACAGUGGGUCGCUACUGUCUCCCCUGAUGAAGACGACGAAGUGAAUGCCAUCUCUGGAGGAGUCAACAAAAAGAAGACCCGAAGAAAGGCCAAGUUGCCCUCGCUGAAGAAGCUGCUGUAUUCCAAUAUGUCGGAGCUGUCUCCUGCUCUGCUGGAGCAAUACCUCGAAAAAGAAGGAGUUGACGGCAACCUGAGCAUCAAAGACGUCGAUUUCAGCGAAUCUACUGUUACAUCUAUCGCUGCCGCUGUCAAGGGCUGCGAAGAUCGAGUCCAGGAACUAUUGGACGCCGAUCUCGUCACCGGAUACAUUGCCUGUGAAAAGAACCCCAACUGGAAGAAACCCGACGAGGAAAAGACUUACAUUCCCGGUUCUAUCGAUCCCUCGGACAUUGAGUAUCUCUACGAGUCGUUUGAGCCCUUUGAGAUUACUGUGGCAGACGGAAAGGUGGAUACUUUUGAGGGCUACAAUCUGACUGUGGAUCGAUACUUCUCCACUGUUGAAAGCACUCGAUACAGUCUGCGGGUCAAUGCUCAAGAGCAAAUUGCCGAAAAACGACUCAAUGCUGCUCGAAACGAAACCAAAAAGCGAGUUGACGGCUUGCAGCAGGUCCAGGACCGAAGUAUUCUUAUGGGAACGGCUCUCCAGACUUAUGCUGGUCGAGUGGAGGAAGCUAUUGCUGCUGUGAAGCAGUUGCAAGAUCAGGGUAUGGACUGGAAGGAUAUGGAGCAUCUGAUUGACCUGGAGAAGAAGAAGGGCAACCCUGUCGCUCAGAUGGUGUCCAGUAUGAACCUGGAGAAGAACCGUGUCACUCUGAUAUUGCCUAAUCCAGAUGUUGAAGACGAGAGUGAUAGCGACAGCGACAGUGAUAUGGAUGAAACAGACUCCGAGGGCGAGUCCGAGGAGUCCGGGUCUGAGUCCGAUUCGAACAAAAAUGAGUCGAAGACUCUCAAGGUCGAGGUCAAUCUCGAUCUCACGGCCUAUGCCAAUGCUAAUAAUUACUUUGAUAUCAAAAAGGUGGCUGCCCAGAAGCAAGAGAAGACGGAAAAGAACUCUGCCACCGCUCUCAAGUCUGCUGAGCAGAAGGUGAAGUUGGAUCUGAAGCGAUCCCUGGCCCAGGAACAGCAUGCCCUUCGUCCCAUGCGUCCCUCGUACUGGUUCGAAAAGUUCUGGUGGUUCUUUUCUUCUGAUGGCUACCUUGUAAUUGGAGGAAAGGACGCUCAGCAGAACGAGAUGCUGUACAAGCGAUACUUCCGAAAGGGAGACGCGUACGUCCACGCCGAGAUCCAGGGAGCUUCCACUGUGAUUGUCAAGAACCACCUUGGGCCCACUGCUCCUCUUCCUCCUUCCACACUUUCCCAGGCCGGUUCUCUGUCCAUUUGCACAUCCAAGGCAUGGGACAGCAAGGUUUUGAUUUCCGCCUGGUGGGUGGAGCACGGUCAGGUGAGCAAGAGUGCUCCUUCUGGCGAGUUUUUGCCUACUGGAAGUUUCAUGAUUCGUGGCAAGAAGAAUUUCUUGCCCCCCACUUCUCUGGACGUUGGUCUGGCCAUUUUGUGGAUUGCCGAUGAGGACAGUACUGCCAAGUACGUCAAGCAGCGCCUGGAGCGAGAGAAGCUGAUUCUUGGAGAAAAAGCUGACGAGAUGAAGGCUGCCGAGGAGUCUGAGAGCGAGUCAGAGUCCGAGUCCGAGUCCGAUUCUGAUUCUGACGAUGACAUGGAGUUCCCUGAUACUGAAAUCAACCUCAAGGGUGGAGAUGAAGAUGAGAGUGAAGAGGAGGGGGAGGAGGAGGAGGACGAACAAGAGGAGGAAGAGGAAGUGGGAAAGAUGGAGAGACCAGCUGUCAAAGAAGCUCCUCCCAAGGGAACAUCCAAGUACGACUACGAAGACAAACCCGAGGCCCCUCCAUCGAAGAUCGUGCAGGAUCUGACUGCCCAGUCAAACAACUUUGUGCCCAAAAAGCGACUCACUGCCAAGGAGCGUCGAGAGGCUCGAAAGGCCAAGGCAUCCGCGGCUAACAGCUCCCUCAACACUCCUUCUGGUAUUGAAGACUCCACUUCUGUCGAGGAUGUGCUCAAGGCUCUGACUAUGAAGUCUGGGGGAGUUGACACCAGCGACUCUUCUCGAGACGUGACUCCCGGAAACGAUACCCCUGUAUCUCGAUCCGCUACUCCUGCACUCAACGACACUACCCAGUCCGCUGCCUCGUCCGGACAGCCUCCUGCUAAGGUGCGAGGCAAGAAGGGCAAGCUCAAGAAGAUUGCCAAGAAGUAUGCUGACCAGGACGAGGAGGAGCGAAAGCUGCGAAUGGACCUGCUUGGAAGCACCAAGGGUGCCGAGCGAGCUGAACAGGAGGCUGCUGAGCUGGCUGAGAAGAAACGUAUCGAGGAGGAAAAACGAAUCCAGCGUCAGGAGCGAAUCAAGAACCAGGAGAUUCGAAGACUACUCAAGGAAGAGGGUGUGGAGCAGUAUGACGACGUGGACGAGGAGGAGUCCCGAACGCAGUUUGAUUCGUUCAUUCCUCGAGCCCAAAAGAACGAUGUUGUCGUCGGAGCCAUCCCCAUGUUUGCCCCUUGGGCAGCUCUGUCCAAGUUCAAGUUCAAGGCAAAAAUGGUGCCUGGAACCGUCAAAAAGGGCAAGGCCGUCAAGGAAAUCGUCCACAAGAUGACCACCGCCAAGACGGACCCUACCAUGCAGGACACCGACAUGCCCUGGCCCAACGAGAUUGAUAUCAUUGGAGGACUCAAGGACACUGAGCUGGUACAACCUGUGGCUGUUGGUCGAGUCCGACUUGUCAUGCCCGGUGUCCAGGGAGGUUCUGGCCCCUCGUCUAAGACCAAGGGCUCCAAGAACCGAGGCAGAAAGAAGCGAUAG